AUGCAUGAAUUGGAGAGGAAGCUGUGCAUCGUUGGAUUAUGGUGCAUUCAGAUGAAGUCACAUGACAGGCCAACGAUGAGCGAGGUCAUAGAGAUGUUGGAAGGUGGCUUUGAUGGUUUGCAGAUGCCUUCCAGGCCAUUCUUCUGCGACGAUGAGCACACCCCUGUCCCGGAUUCUUACCCUUUGUUAUCCGAGCUGACUGAGAUCUCGGAGGAGGAUGAGUAG